AUGUAUAUGGCAUAUGGAUGGCCGCAGGUGAUUUCAUUGGAAUUACCGAGUUUCCCCUCCACACAGCAGAUCGUCUACCUCAAGGUAGCCAAUCGCUUGGUCCUCGUCGUCUCGCCUUCUCACAUCGAGCUCUGGUCCUCCUCUCAGCAUAGAUUGAGAUUAGGAAAGUAUAAGAGAGAUGCAGCAUCCAUUCGGAUACAAGGGGAGAAUUUGCAGGCUGUUUGGAACCCCGACUCUAAGCUAAUCGCCGUUCUUACAUCUUCAUUUUAUCUACACAUAUUUAAGGUUCAAUUUACUGAAAAGAGGAUACAAAUUGGCGGGAAGCAACCAACUGGUUUGUCUCUGAUAAAUAUUUCUUUACUUCUCAGUGAGCAAGUUCCCUUUGCAGAUAACAACUUGACUGCAAGCAACAUUAUUUGUGACAACAAGCACAUGCUAAUUGGACUUUCAGAUGGGUCACUGUAUAACAUUUCCUGGAAGGGUGAGUUCUGUGGUGCUUUUCAUCUUGACUUUGGGCUCUUAGGUAGCAAUGCCACUAGUAAACUGUUGCAUUCUUUGGGUAAUGGUCUUGCUUCUGGUGCAACUCAAGGGGUUCGUGCGUCCAACCAUUUUGUCUCACAGAAGUCUGCUGUGAUCCAGCUUGAGUUCUCCAUGCCUUUGAGGUUACUGUUUGUGCUAUUUUCUGAUGGACAACUCGUGUUAUGUUCUACAAGUAAGAAAGGUCUAAAGCAUGCAGACUCUAUUAAAGCUGAAAGGAGGUUUGCUUCUGGUGAUGUGGUAUGUGCAGCGGUUGCUUCAGAGCAGCAGAUUCUUGCUGUUGGCACCCAAAGAGGCGUUAUUGAAUUAUAUGACCUUGCAGACUCUGCUUCACUUAUUCGUACUGUUUCCUUGCAUGAUUGGGGAUAUUCUGUAGAAGAUACUGGUCCUGUCAAUUGUAUUGCAUGGACACCUGAUAACUCUGCUUUUGCUGUUGGGUGGCAGUUAAGAGGACUUACAGUUUGGUCUGUUUCAGGGUGUCGCUUAAUGUCUACAAUCCGUCAAAUAGGUUUGAGUUCUGCUUCAUCUCCUGUAAUCAAGCCAAACCCUGAUCACAAGUAUGAACCGAUGAUGGGCGGUGCCUCACUGAUGCAUUGGGAUGAAUUUGGAUAUAGACUUUAUGCUAUUGAGGAAGGAUCUUCUGACAGGAUUAUUGCCUUCUCUUUUGGCAAAUGCUGCCUCAAUAGAGGUGUCUCUGGUACAACUUAUGUACGCCAAGUUAUCUAUGGUGAAGACCGUUUACUAGUUGUGCAGUCUGAAGACACUGAAGAACUCAAAAUCUUGCACCUCAAUCUUCCAAUUUCAUAUAUUUCCCAAAACUGGCCAGUUAUGCACGUGGCUGCUAGCAAGGAUGGACUGUACUUAGCAGUUGCUGGUCUUCAUGGUUUAAUCCUGUAUGAUAUACGACUGAAAAAGUGGAGAGUGUUUGGAGAUAUUACUCAGGAACAACAGAUACAAUGCAGGGGAUUGCUAUGGCUGGGAAAAAUUGUUGUUGUCUGUAACUAUGUUGAUUCUUCCAACACAUAUGAAUUGCUUUUCUACCCGAGAUAUCACCUCGAUCAGAGUUCCUUGCUUUGUCGGAAAACAUUGCUCGCUGAGCCAAUGGUCAUCGAUAUUUAUCAAGAUUAUUUACUUGUCACGUAUCGCCCGUUUGAUGUUCAUAUAUAUCAUGUAAAAUUAUCUGGUGAAUUGACACCUUCCAGUACUCCUGAUUUACAGCUUUCUACAGUACGAGAGCUCUCAAUCAUGACAGCAAAGAGCCAUCCUGCUGCUAUGCGUUUUAUCCCUGAUCAGCUUCCAAUGGAUUACAUCUCAAGAAAUGAUCUCUCUUCUCAGUCAGAUUUUGUAGCAAGAGAACCUGCCAGGUGUUUAAUACUGAGGACAACUGGAGAGCUUUCCCUACUUGAUUUGGAUGAUGGGCGGGAGAUAGGCCUCACUGACUCUGUUGAGUUAUUCUGGGUUACCUGUGGUCAAUCAAAUGACAAAACCAACUUAAUUGAGGAAGUUUCCUGGUUAGACUAUGGACAUCGUGGAAUGCAGGUUUGGUAUCCGUCUCCAGGUGCUGACCCUUUUAAGCAGGAAGAUUUCUUGCAGUUGGACCCAGAGCUGGAAUUUGAUCGUGAGGUAUACCCUCUUGGUCUACUUCCUAAUGCUGGUGUUGUAGUUGGUGUUUCCCAAAGAAUGUCAUUCUCAGCUUGCACGGAGUUCCCAUGUUUUGAGCCGUCUCCGCAAGCUCAAACCAUAUUGCAUUGUCUGCUUCGGCAUCUUCUUCAGAGGGAUAAGAGGGAAGAAGCUUUACGCCUGGCACAUUUGUCCGCUGAGAAGCCGCAUUUUUCUCAUUGCUUAGAGUGGCUUCUUUUCACGGUGUUUGAUGCUGAAAUUUCCAGACAGAAUGCAAGCAAGAACCAGACAGCUGCUUCAAAUCAUGCUGCAAAUUCUUCUCUUUUGGAGAAGACGUGCCAUCUAAUCAGAAGCUUUCCCGAAUAUUUUGAUGUUGUUGUCAGUGUUGCCAGAAAAACUGAUGGUCGACAUUGGGCAGAUUUGUUUUCUGCUGCUGGGCGAUCAACAGAGUUGUUUGAGGAAUGCUUUCAAAGAAGAUGGUAUCGCACUGCAGCCUGCUACAUACUUGUUAUUGCUAAGCUGGAAGGUCCGGCUGUGAGUCAAUAUUGUGCUUUGCGUCUUUUGCAGGCAACUCUUGAUGAAUCUCUAUACGAAUUGGCUGGGGAACUUGUAAGGUUUCUCCUAAGAUCUGGAAGAGAAUAUGAAUCUUCUACCAUGGAUUCUGAGAAUCUUUCCCCUAGAUUCUUGGGCUAUUUCCUUUUUCCUUCUAGUUUUAGGAGGCAAUCCGUGGAUUUGAAAAGUUCCUCGUUUAAAGAGCAGAGUGCUCAUGUUGCUUCUGUAAAAAAAAUUUUGGAAAGCCAUGCCAGCUUUUUGAUGUCCGGGAAAGAGCUUUCAAAGCUUGUUGCAUUUGUCAAAGGCACACAAUUUGAUCUAGUCGAAUUUCUUCAGCGAGAAAGAUAUGGAAGUGCUCGCUUGGAGAAUUUCGCUUCGGGGCUUGAACUGAUAGGGCAGAAGCUUCAAAUGGGAACAUUGCAAAGCCGCUUGGAUGCAGAAUUCCUCUUGGCACAGAUGUGCUCUGUCAAGUUUAAAGAGUGGAUAGUGGUUUUGGCCACACUUUUGAGACGCUUUGAGGUCCUUUUUGAUUUGUUUAGACAUGAUUUGCGGUUAUGGAAAGCAUAUAGCAUUACUCUACAGUCGCAUUCAGCGUUCACCGAAUAUCAUGAUUUGCUGGAAUCCUUGGAAGAAAGACUUUCCUUGAUUGCUAAUUCAGAUGAGAAAUGA